AUGGCUCAAGUUGAACAACAAGGCCUAACUGAAGAACAAGUUCAACGAAAAGAGCUUAUUGUUCGGAAUCUUCAAGAAGUUUUGGGCAAUGACAGGCUUGAGAAACAUCUGAUUUCUGGCAAGAACAUUCAUUUGUAUUGGGGAACGGCUACAACUGGACGUCCUCAUGUGGGAUAUUUUGUGCCAAUGCAAAAGAUUGCCGACUUUUUGAAGGCUGGUAUAAGGGUAAGUUUGUUUUACUGUUAUUUUUUUGUUUUUAGGGAAUUAAAGAGGACUCUGAUUCAAAUAUUAAAGAGGGAUCUAAUUCUCAUUGGUGAUAUUAGUUUUGUUCAUAAGUUCUCUCAAACGAAAUAUAUGAGAUAAAAGUUUCUGUGAUUUUUUAUUUACUUUUUUAACAAUUGCAAUAAAAUUUGUUUUAAACUUUAUAAAAUUUCAUGUUGUUAAAUUGUGAGGGAUAAUAAUAUUUUUAUGUGUAUAAUUCAAAACCAAAAUUUUUCAGGUAACUAUUUUGUUUGCUGAUCUUCACGGGUUUUUGGACAAUCUCAAGAGUACAUUUGAGCUUCUGGAAAAUCGGGUCAAGUACUACGAGCAUGUUAUCAAGGCUUUGUUGACAGCUUUUGAUGUGCCUAUUGACAAACUUCAUUUUGUCAAAGGAAGUGACUAUCAGCUAAAAGAGUAGGUUUAUAGUCGUAUAAUAGUUUCUUUGAUUUUUAGGGAUUACACCAAGGAAGUGCUACGACUUUGUGGUCAAGUUAGUCAAAGGGACGCUUUAAAAGCCGGAGCUGAGGUGGUCAAGCAGGUAAGAUAAUAUGAAGUUUGCUAAAAGGAAUAGUUUUCAUAUAUGGAUUUUGUUUUUACUUUGGGAAGAUUAGUCAUUUUAGACCGUUUUUGGAUUUAAAUUUUGAUUCAUACUUUUGUAGGUAUCAAGCCCAUUGCUCUCUGGAAUGAUGUACCCUCUGCUUCAAGCUCUGGAUGAAGCAUUCCUAAAGGUAGAUGCUCAAUUUGGAGGGGUAGAUCAACGGAAAAUUUUUAUUUUGGCAGAAGAACAACUACCAAAACUUAAGCUAGGAAAACGAUACCAUUUUAUGAAUCCAAUGGUGCCAGGUCUAACAGGAGCUAAAAUGAGCUCGUCUGAAGCAGACACCAAGAUUGACCUAUUAGAUGCUCCCGAGCUUGUGGAAAAGAAAAUUAUGGGAGCCGCUUGUCCAAAGAAAGAAGAAAGUGAAGAGAAUGGUGUUUUGUCAUUUUACGAAUAUGUAGUUUUGACCAAUUGUGACAGUUUGGUGUUCAAGAAUGGUGUUGUAGUACAUACUGCGGAGGAAUUGAGGGAGGCUUUUGAAAGUGGUAGGUUUUUGUUCUUUUUAAUUUUUUAAUUAAGGGAGCUUUAAAAUAAGCUUUUUACGAUCAAAGUGUCAAAUGUAUAUUAUAACGAUAUUAUUGUAGACAAAGUCAGUGCUGAAGAGCUGAAAUCAGAGUUAGUUGAAUUUUUGAAUAAAAUAUUGAGCAUGGUGCAAGAAAAGUGUGAUAACGAUGAAGUCCGCGAAAUUAUUGCCAAGGGCUACGCUACAAUUGAGGCUGGAGAAGCUCAUGAAAUAGAAAAAGUUCCAAAUUUGAACGAAGAUGCUUUAGGCUUUUUGGCUAAAGUUGAGGAAAAUGGAUCUAAAGUAAGAUUUCGUGAUGUUUUUGGGUAGGAUAAUGUAAUUUAGAAGAAUGAAAAUUAUGGUUUUUUAAACUUAUGCCGUCCUUUUCAGAUUUAUCAAUCAAAACGCCUAAUUGACACACUAAACGCUAAGAAAGCACCAAAAGUCUUGUGGAGGGUACCAAUCAAAGGCAAGGUCAAUUUGGGACAUGUCGCUGCACUUUUACAAUUGGAAAAACUCCAAAAAGCUGGAGCCGAAAUUGUUAUUUUACUGUCUGACUUGGGAGCAUUUUUGGAUAAUGAGAAAUGCCAAUGGAAAGCGAUUGAAGGAAGAAUGACAUACUACGAAAACAUGAUCAAAUCACUCUUGAAGCAUAUGAAGAUAGACAAUGUAGAUGUUAAGAAGAGCACGGACAACGAGUACAAUGAGUAAGAAAACAAUAUGUUUACUGAGAAUUAACAAAAAAACUUAAUUUUUCAAUCUAUUUUAUGUUGUUAUAGGUAAAAUGUGCCAUUUUAAGUCAUAUUUAUCUUUAAAACUCAAACUUUCAAUAACAACUUUAUUUUCAGGGCCUACACAAUUGAAAUGUACAAAGUGGCAAGUCACAUCACGAGAGACGAAUCUGCUUUAGUUAGUGGUACUACGUUAGCCACGAACUUGGUACCAGUUUACAGAUACUUGGAUUCACACUUUGCAAAUGUUGACUUGGUUUUGGUUGGGGAUUACGAACAAAAUUACGUGGAAUUGGCUGAAAAGGUAAAGAUAAUAAUGAAAACGGUGGAGCGGAAACUUUUGUUAUCUAAAAUAUUAUAAAAUGGACGUGGGUUGACCUAAAUUGAUUAAAAAUUAAAGUUUUGUUACCUAAAAAUUCAUAAAGGUAUAAUUUCAGAUUAGUGACAGACUAGCCCUACCACGACAAGCCCAUAUGACAUACGAAGCCCUACAAGGCACGGACGGAAAACGAAUGUCAUCUACGGUACUCGACUUUUGCCUCGACCUAACUGACACUCCCAAAAUGUUCCAAAACAAAAUCAAAAAAUCAUUUUGUGAACCAGGAAACCUGAAUGGCAACAUUGCUUUACAUUUGGCUGAUAAGCUGGUAUUCCCGUUGAGCGAGGAGAAAGGUAAAUGAUUUUUUGUUAUAAUGGUCCAAAAAGUCUUGGCGUUGUUUUAUAGGUAUUUUCACGUUGAAAAACGACAAGAUUUUUUUUGUAGUUUCAGUAGGCAUAAAACUAUGCUUUAGAGAUGAAAAAUCAAUUUUUAAACUUUAAAAAGGACUUUUUUGAAUCAAAUGCUAUGUCUUUUAUGGUACAAUACUAAAUUUUAAAGUUGGCUAAAUUUCAGAGCUGACAAUUGAAAGAGACGACCAAAAUGGAGGUAACCUGACCAUCAACACCCCUCAAGAACUGUCAAAACUUUUUGCCGAAGAAAAGCUACAUCCCUCGGAUCUGAAAGCAUUUGUCAUCAAAAAGCUGGUUGAUUUCACGACCAAAGUCCAAAAAGACUUCAACGACAAGGAUUUGGCCAAUUUGUUGAAAGCUGCCUUCCCACCAGCACCAAAAGGCGGCAAAAAGAAGUAA